UUUCUAUUUAGGACAGAAACCAAAGCAAUGAAGACAAAACAUACCCAAUUCAGCUCCGCCUCGCAGUUUCAAUACAGGGCAGUAACCGUAAGCAGCGUGGCCAUAGCCUACUGUUAAUUACAAUAUCCGAUAAAGUACCACAGCAUGGUGGCAGCUGACUCUAGCAAGUUUCCUUCGUGGGUUUUCAUCGCCGUUUUGGUUUUUCUUCUAACAGUGGACUUGUCCUCUGCUCAAGGGGAACUCCAGCAGUGUGUUGAUGGCACGUACGAGCAUGAGGGUGCGACUUGUUGUCUGUGUGGUGCUGGUACGUUCGUGGAGAGGCACUGCACUACGAGUCAACCUAGAAUAUGCACAAACUGUGCUGAAAGGACAUACAGCAGUCACCCUCAUUACCAGGAAUCCUGUGAGCCAUGCACGUCCUGCUCACAUACCAAUGCCAAUCUAGAGGUGGACGAACCCUGCACCCGUGCCAGAGACGCAACGUGUCGAUGCAAAAAGGAUCACUUUUGCAGCAUUGGUAAAGAAACCUGUAGAAUCUGCUACCUCUGUAAAAAAUGUACUGAUGGUGUCAAAGUAGCCUGUACAGCCACCAAUGACACAGUCUGCAAUGACAAAAUUGAAGGGGGGACUAACACUGGGAUGAUAGCUGGCAUAAUUGUCCCAAUUGUUUUGAUACUUAUUGGACUUCUUGUAUUCAUCUGGAUAAGGAAACACAACCGGAAAGGAAAUAAUACUCCAGACGAAGAAAGAAAUGGUGGUCCAGCUGGUGUUUUGGAGGAUCUGUCCCUUAAAGAACCACUUUUGGCUUUGGGGCCCAACCUGCCUGACAUUGCCAAUAUAAUUGGAUGGAAGACUAUGAAGGAUGUAGCAAUACGCAGCUGUAUGUUAGAAACUACUAUUGAGAAUUGUAAGCUGAACCAUGUUGGUGAUGUUCAGGAGCAGACACUCCAACUUCUACAGGAGUUUGUGCAGAAGGAGGGCGGGCAGGCCCUUACUACCUUGAUCCAAAACAUGAAAAAUGGUGGCCACAGAAAAAAGGCAGAGAUGGUGAUCGCUAAAUUAACUCCUCCCACUUGAAUGUGUUUAUUGUAAGCACUUUUCAAAUAUUUUUAGAUUUUUUUCUUUUUUUGACUUAGUGGAGAUGUUUACAUGAUGUAAGAGUGUAUGUGUGCUAACAUGAGUCCUUCUGUCUGUAUUUGAACUUUGUAAAAAGAGAAUUUAAAGUUAAAUUUUUCGAGGAAUACUGUGAUGUGAUUGGUAUUAUAGGGGGAAAUUCAAAACAUUGUUGUGUUGUGAAAGCAUGACUUGUGUAUAUUAGAUUUAUCAUAGCAGAUGUUUCCUAUAAAGUGUCUCUAACUAAUUUCAAACUACAAUACCACAUUACAUCUUAUAUCCACCUUAUAUACACUCUAAUUAUAAAACCACUGCUUCCCACAAUUGUUUUAUUAUUAUGUAAAUAAAAACUGUUCUACAUCA